AUGUUAUUUAUUUUUUUAUAACUAAAUAUCGUUUUUGGAAGAAUUCCAUUUUAAGAAAUUGCCAAACAUAAACACCAUAUUCCAUGUAAUUAAUUACAGGAUGCUAAAGAAUACUUGGAUAUGAUUGAACAUAAAGAUUAAUUAAUUGAAGACUCAAAAAUAUUGGAAUCAUAUAUUGGAAGAACCACAAAGUUUGAUAAUAGAGAUCUUACUAUGAAAGAUCUUGAAGACAUCAGUAAAUUAUUAGAGUAUUAUGAUAAUACUGAAGAUUUGGAUAGAAGAGAUCAAUUAUUAUAAGAAUUAUACAAUUAAAUUGUUACUAUGAAAAAUUCAAUAGAUUAUGAUCUAGAAUAAAUUGAUGAUUCUUAAUAUGAUCGACUAAAUGAUUUAGUAAAUAGCUCUGAUUGUGAAGAUGAUGCCACAAUUAUUGGAUCAUUUUAACCAUUAUUUAAAUAAGAAGAAAAACCAAAGAAAGAAAAAGUUUAAGAAAGGAUAAGAUUAUCAAACAAUUCUAAAACUAUUAAAUUACCAAGAAGAAGAAAACAUGCUAAAAAAUAUGUGAUUGCCAAAAAACCAUACGAAUGGGAUAAGGACAUAUAGAAUUAUGAUAAUAUUCCUAUUCCCAAUCAUAAUGAUUACCAUUAUAUUGAUGAUAUGGAUGAAAUUGACUGUUUUUUCGAGUGA